AUGUCCAGCUACCUAUACAUCAUCAAGUCUGAGCUGCCCCUUGUCAUCCAGGCCUUCCUGAACCUGGAGGAGAAAACCUCGGACUGGUAUGUAAAUGGAAACUACCUGGUAAUCCUGGUCUCUGUUGUCAUCAUUCUGCCCCUGGCGUUGAUGCGGCAGCUUGGAUACCUCGGUUACUCGAGUGGCUUCUCUCUCAGCUGCAUGGUGUUCUUCCUAAUUGCAGUCAUCUAUAAAAAGUUCCAUGUGCCCUGCCCUCUGCCUCUGAACUUUGCCAAUGCCACAAGCAACUUCAGCCAUGUGGCGGUCAUCAAAGAGGAGACACAGCUUCAGGUUGAGGCCGAGGCUGCAGCUUUCUGCGCCCCAAGCUACUUCACACUCAACAGGCAGACGGCGUACACCAUCCCUAUCAUGGCCUUUGCCUUCGUCUGCCACCCUGAGGUGCUGCCCAUCUACACAGAGCUCAAGGACCCCACCAAGAGUAAGAUGCAGCACAUCUCCAACCUGUCCAUCGCUGUCAUGUACAUCAUGUACUUCCUGGCUGCCCUCUUUGGCUACCUCACCUUCUACGACGGGGUGGAGUCGGAGCUGCUGCACACCUACAACAAGGUGGACCCGUUUGAUGUGCUGAUCCUGUGUGUCCGCGUGGCCGUGCUGACGGCUGUCACCCUCACAGUGCCAAUUGUUCUGUUCCCGGUGCGCCGAGCCAUCCAGCAGAUGCUGUUUCCGAACCAGGAGUUCAGCUGGCUGCGACAUGUGCUCAUCGCCAUCAUCCUACUCACUUGUAUCAACCUGCUGGUCAUCUUUGCCCCCAACAUCUUGGGAAUCUUUGGGGUCAUCGGUGCCACAUCUGCCCCAUGCCUCAUAUUCAUCUUCCCUGCCAUUUUCUACUUCCGCAUCGUGCCCACUGAGAAGGAGCCUGCAAAGUCCACCCCGAAAAUCCUGGCCCUUUGCUUCGCCAUGCUCGGUCUCUUGAUGAUGGUCAUGAGCUUGAGCUUCAUCGUCAAUGACUGGGUCUCAGGGACCAACCAGCAUGGAGGACACCACUAG